UUGAUGGCCAUCUCGAAUGAGAGACCACUCAAGAAGCCGAAAAUGGCAACCCUAGAAAAGUAUGACGGAAGUCGCACCGAGUUGCGGACAUUCCUUACCAACAUCGACUUAUACUGCGAAUUCAACGAGGUACCUAAUGACCAGGAAAAGAUUCUUAUGGCUAGCACCCACAUGAAAGGACGAGCGUUAAGCUGGAUGUAG